AUGCUGGCCUCGUUUUCGCCACCACAACGGCAGCCCCUCCGAGUGUUGAUAGACUCCUCACUUCCUCUCGCUCAUUGUUCGACCUCCCCUGAUUCUCCUUCUCCUUUAUCCGAAUACAGUUUAACGACAUCGGGUCUGACGCCCAGUACAGGCGACCCCGAGUGGUUCAUCUGCAACGUGAUAUGUUUGUUUGACUUCGAGUCAGACGAUCCAGACCACCUCUCGUUCACCCGCAAUGAGAUUCUCACUGUUGUAAAGAUGGAGGAAUCAGGAUGGUGGGCUGCUAUGCGUCCUGAGGGGGACCGUCUCGGGUGGAUUCCAAGCUCUUUCGUAGAGCGUCUCACAGAAACAGCCGUAGAAGAACCAUAUCAGGAAGGCGUUCACCCCUGGAUCCAUAACCCUGAAGAAAGCAAUGCGAGAAAUUCCGAAUCAGUUUCUGAUUCGGAAUGCAUACAACUCGGGGACACAUUGAGUUCUGUGUCAGAUGUGACGAAGUAUUUGUUGCUACCCAGUAACCAGUUGCGUCAUGAGGAUUCAGGAAGGGGCAACCAAAUCUAUGACUCUUUCUUCAGCUUGCCCGAUUAUGAACCGCCACCAUACGGUUUAACCCGUUCUUCCUCUUCUCCUGUGCCCAGCAUGCUCCAACCCUCGGUCACUCCACCCAGUCCAGUGUUCGAAGUUUCUCCUAAACCACCCGAAAAACUCGACGAUCUACAAUUGUCAUGCUUCAGUAUUGAUUCAGGGCGCUCUCUUCCAUUAUCGCCUUAUCCCCGCCGCCCCCGCCGUCUAGCGGUGCUCGUCAAUGAUCACGAAUCAUUGUCGUGCCUUUCUGCUAUGAUCGACGGAGAACAUUCACCUGGUUUCCAUUCUUUUGACAGUCCACAUGUGAAAGAGACGUUUGACGUAUUCAACAGGAGGUGCACAGGAAGUUGA